CAGCAAGUCAGCCCAUCAAUUCAUUAUUCAAUUCUCUCUCUCACUAUGUUAAAAUCCCAUCGCAUUACCCAUAACCUCAACCGUCACAGCUUCAUCUGCUCUCCAUUUUCUUCCACCUCUCUCCGCAUCUUUUUUGCUCCACUUCCUUGCCAAUGGCGAAUUCCACCGAUUCUCCCCUCAAAUCCGACGCUCUUUUGGAGCAGUUGAAGCAGUAUCUCACCACCGAUGCCGGGAAACAGGUCGUCAAGAACAUCGGCCAUGUUUACCAGAUCAAUAUUUCCCCCAAGAAAAUUGGAACUGAUGAGGUUGUUUAUACCAUUGAUCUCAAGAAAGGGGAGGUUACCAAAGGUCCAUACGAAGGAGGAAAGCCUGACGCCACCCUAUCCUUCAAGGAUGAAGAUUUCAUUAAAAUUGCUUUGGGGAAGAUGAAUCCUCAGAUGGCUUUCCUCAGGGGCGCACUGAAGAUCAAGGGGAGUAUUAGCGCAGCACAGAAAUUCACUCCCGACAUUUUCCCCAAGCCUGCAAAGUUAUGAUCAGAUUCAAGGGGGAAACUGCUGUUCAUGAAGCAGCUCCACGAUGUCCGGGUUGUGAGAUUUAUGGGAAUUUAGACAAGAAAGGAAAUAGAAAAAGGAAGAAAGUUCUAAAUCAAUAAAUUCAGUGUCAAAGUAUUAGUCCAAUUCUGUUGUAGAAUAUCAUAACAAGUUGGGAACUAUACUUCCAUAUUUAAUGUUCAAAUCAUCUUCUCUUGUGCAAUACGGCGCCAACUUUUGGAAAGGCCUGACGUACAGGUACAACUCAA